AUGACAGUAAGUCCAACCGUUGUCUGGGCGGCCUUCUCGAUGGCCCUCUCAUCAGUGGUGGCUCUAGGAGCCAAUAUAAUCUGCAACAAAAUUCCAGGAAUGGCUCCGAAACAGAGAGCCAUUUGUCGGAGCAGGCCUGAUGCCAUUGUUUCAAUCGGUGAAGGCGCUAAAUUGGGAUUAACGGAAUGUCAAUAUCAAUUUCGUUUUAUGAGAUGGAAUUGUUCCACAUUAGAUUCCAAUGAUUCUAUGUUCGGUUACGAAUCACUAGGCGGUACAAAAGAAGCAGCUUUUAUUUAUGCUAUGACGUCGGCUGGUGUUAGUUAUGCUAUAACUCAGUCAUGUGGAUUGGGAAGUUUACCGAAUUGUGGCUGUGAUAAAGACAAAGGGGAUGGGAAAUUAGCUCCCCAGGGCUGGAAGUGGGGUGGGUGUAGUGCGGACAUUAAACAUGGAUUACGUUUAGCCAGAAAAUUCAUGGAUGCACGAGAAAUCGCACAAAAUGCUAGGUCUUUAAUGAACUUACAUAAUAAUAGAGCCGGCAGAAAGGCCGUUAAAGAUAAUAUGGGAACAGAUUGCAAGUGUCACGGCGUUUCCGGUUCAUGUACAAUGAAAACGUGUUGGACAACAUUACCUCCUUUUCGAAAGAUAGGAGACUCUUUGAAAAAGAGAUAUAAAAAAUCAAAAAUAGUGGUGCCAUAUUUAGGACGACGUGCUCGAACGGCGGUGACAUUAAUAUUAAAACGUGCUAAAAGACCACACAGAAAACCCAGAAGAAGUCAUCUGGUGUAUCUGGAUAAAUCCCCCAAUUAUUGUGAUUUUGACGGAAAAACUGGAUCCUUAGGAACAGUUGGUAGGAAGUGUAAUCGUACAACAAAAGACACGGACGGUUGUGACUUGAUGUGUUGUGGACGUGGCUAUAAUACGCAUCAAUAUACGCGUACGUGGCAGUGUAACUGUAAAUUUCACUGGUGUUGUUAUGUUAAUUGCAAUAAGUGUAGUGAACGAACGGAAGAGUAUACUUGUAAAUAA